CAACCACUCCUCUAAAUAAAUCCUUUGGCCUGCCAACUUGGCCGAGACAUUUCCAAUUGCAUAAUAAGACCAAAGAAAGGGCGAAGGUCUUCCAGGAUCGACCCACCUCCGAUUCUCAUCUCAUCGCAUCGCAUAUCGAGUUCACGGGCUAAAAUAGAUUUGUAGAUUACAUUCUGUAAUACUGAGCCAUGUCACGCGAGAGGGCUAAGCGAAUUGCACUGGCAUCAGCUGAAGAGAAUAUUGAGAAGAUUAAGAAAGUAGUACAUGAAGGGAACUGCUAUGGCGCCCAACAGAUGUAUAAAUCUUUUAGUGCACGAUACAUUUCAGCUGAGAGGUAUUCAGAAGCACUGGAUAUUCUUGAAUCCGGUGCUUGCAUACAACUGGAGAAUGGGCAGGUCACAUGUGGGUCUGAGCUUGCAGGGAUGUUUGUGGAUACACUUGUUAAAGGAAAAUUUCCUUACAAUGAAGAUACUCUUGGCCGUGUUGGAAAAAUAUAUAUGAAAUUUCCCCGUAUACCAGUGCCCCAAAACUUGGACCUGGCUGAUGAUGAUGAUAUGCAUAAACUUUCUGAAGCUCUUGCAGCUGCUAAAACCCGUGCAGAGGGUUGCUCUUCCUUUUUGAAGGCUGCAAUCAAGUGGUCUAUUGAAUCUGGAGCGCAUAAGAAUGGUUCUCCUGAAAUUCACGACAUGCUAGCUGAUUACAUCUACUCGGAAUCUCCUGAAGUGGAUAUGGCCAGAGUAUCAUUUCAUUUUGUGCGGGGAAAGAAUCCACAUAAAUUUUCUUCAACUCUAGUAAAUUUUAUGGGCAAGUGUUAUCCAGGUGAAGAUGAUCUUGCUGUUGCCCGUGCUGUCUUGAUGUACUUGGCUCUAGGUAACCUGAGAGAUGCCAACAUCCUUAUGGACGACAUAAAGAAGCAAGUGCAAUCACGAGAGGUGGAUUUUCCACAAUCCGAAUUAAUGGAGUUCAUCGGCUAUCUCCUGAGGACGUUACAACGAGAUGCUUUGCCUCUUUUCAAUAUGCUGCGACAGCGCUACAAACCUAGUAUAGACAGAGAAUCUAUUUUCAAUGAAUUGCUGGAUGAAGUUGCCGAGAAGUUUUAUGGUGUCCGGCGUAGAAAUGCUAUGCCAGGAAUGUUUGGGGAGUUGUUUAAGAUGAUGUCUGGAGAAUAGUUUCUUGCUAUGGUUCUUCCUAAGCAUGCAAUCUUCCAUAUAUAUCUUGUCAUCAAAUUGUUAGGCUGAAGAAAGAUAACUCGGUUUUCAUGGAAUUAUUGUAUGAUUGGAGUGCAUAGUUUUAAUUUGUAUGAACAUCCAUCUUAUUAUGUGGCGAUUUUGAUCCCAGAAAGACUACAGAAGAAGAGAAAUGGUUUGUUUGUCUUGUCCUUAAUUACUCGCAGCACAGCAGAAUAGAUAAAGAUACCUAUCUGGUAAGUCACAUUGAAAUAGAUAUAUACAUACUAUAGCGUAGGGGAACUUCCCCUACUCGGGGUAGUUAUAAAUUUUACUGAAUUGUAAAAAUUGAUUGUGGUUAUUAAAUACUAUCUUCAU